UCGGUUUGGUAUAUGUACAGAUUUCUAUUCCCUGGAGACAAGAUACCCAAAAAAGUCAGGAAAAACACUUUACCUUUAAGUAUGUUUUGACUAACGGAAGCCACACUUAGUAUUCAAAAAGUAAUUGAUAACUUAUCGUAAAUGCAAAUUUCUUUUGUUUGUUCUGUCUCAAAAUCCGUAUAUAAGCUUGACAUAAUUGCAGUCAAGUCAGUUUGGGUUACGUUCUUUAACGGAUACGUCCCAUUGCCAAAAUGAUUUUCACUUCCAUGCUCUUCGUUUUAAGCAUACUGCAUGCUCAUGCUGCUCAUCAAGGUGAACCAAUUCCUCAGAAUCCACCACCGGACGCACCUCCAACUUCAUACCCUGCUUCAGCGGCACCAGCUGACACACCAUUUGCAUACAAACGAUAUCCACCCAAAUUCAACCCCGGGAAUACACCUAGAACUCCCCCGUUCUACCCUGGCUUAAAAAAUAACAAUCACCCUUUUCAUCCAAAUCCUUACAAUCGCGUCCCAAUAGUUCCCGUAACUCAACCAGUACAAUGUGUUCCAGUUAAAUUACCUAUAACACAAAAUAGUAUUCCAGUAGCAAGCCCACUGCCACCUUUACCUUGGCCCAUUGUACCAAACGUUCUAAUACCAAUAAAUACAGCUCAGGCAACAUCUUACACUGGUAAUGCAUCUAAGAACGCUUAUGCCAUAAUGUUUUACAGACUCAUUGGGCUAGCUAGAUCUAUCAGUUAUUGUUACAACAACGGAUCUGGAUUUGACUCUGGCUCCGCUUUAGCUAGUGGAAACAUGUUACGACCUAGCACUGGCUUUGGUUCAGGUUCACGCUCAGGCUUACGAUCAUGCUCAGGCACAGGAUCAUGCACAGGCCAAGGCUCAGGCAAAGGCUCAGGAUCAUGCUCAGGCGCAGGAUCAUGUUCAGGUGCAGGAUCAGGCUCAGGUUCAGGGUCAUGCUCAGGCCCAGGAUCAUGCCGAGGCGCAAGAUCAGGCUCAGGUCCAGGAUCAUGCGCAGGCACAGGAUCAUGCACAGGCGCUGGAUCAGGCUCAGGCUCAAGAUCAUGCGCAGGCACAGGAUCAUGCUCAGGCAUGAACUCAGGCAAACGCCCAGGAUCAUGCUCACAAACAGGAUCAUGCUCAGCACCAGAAUAAAGCUCGUGCUUAGGAACCAGCACAAGCUUUGGCUAUUUAGAUAAACUAAAUAUUUUACGAUUAGUCUCUAUAGAUCAGUAUAUUAACGCUUUCAAAUUCAGUUAUCGAACCAGUCAUUUGCAAUCAAUUUAGAUUUUACUUAACCGAUACUUAUAAGUAAGCUAGCAUUUAAAAAAUCAAUGUAUCUAUUGAACCAAAAAUAUUAAUAAAUGAAUAAAACAAGA